AAUUCACAGCAAGAAUUUUACAAUGGAACUGAAGAAUUCCUCUCGUGUCUCACUGUUCAGUCUUUCUGGAUUAGAAGAUGAAACAAAGGAAACCAAACAUUUUCUUUUCUCUGUGACUUUGAUUUGCUAUUUACUCAUUGUGCUCAUCAAUUUGACACUAAUUCUCACCAUCCUUCAAGAGAAAUCCCUCCAUGAGCCCAUGUACAUCUUCCUGUGCAAUCUGUGUAUUAAUGCACUCUAUGGAACUGCGGGAUUCUACCCUAAAUUCCUAUCUGACCUACUCUCUGGACAUGAUGUGAUCUCAUAUGAAGGAUGCUUCCUGCAAGCAUUUGUCAUCUACUCCAAUGUUUUGUGUGAUUAUUCAAUUUUAACAGUUAUGGCUUUUGACAGGUACGUUGCAAUAUGCAGACCACUGCAGUAUCAUUCUAUUAUGACUAAUCAGGCUGUUGUUAAAUUCAUUGUGUUUCCCUGGGUUCCUCCUCUUUUGUGUGAGGGUGUUUUGAUUUUUCUGAGUCACAGACUGAAUUUAUGUGGAUCAAACAUAGAAAAAUUCUACUGCGCAAACUGGUCAAUUGCUAGGCUUUCUUGUUCUUCAACUAUAGUGAAUAAUGUGGUUGGUUACAUUGUAAUUUUUGUGUAUUUAGCGCAUGUGUUUUUCAUUCUCUACUCUUACAUUAAACUGAUCAGAACGUGUUUGAAGUCCACAGAAAACAGGCGCAAAUUCAUGCAGACAUGCUUGCCACAUUUGUUUUCAUUGACAAAUGUGACAGUUGCUGUAUUCUUUGAUGUGAUGUACAGUCGUUAUGGUUCAAACAACAUUCCACAACGUCUACGAAAUUUCCUGGCGCUGGAAUUUCUGGUUAUCCCUCCACUUCUCAACCCCAUCAUUUAUGGAAUACAACUGACUAAACUUCGACAUGCACUGUUGAGAAUGCAUAAGAAAGUCAAUGAGGUAACUUAAAUAAUACAUUUUUAAAAUGAUAUCAAAUAAUGAUCAAGUUUUAAUAUUAAUAUAAGUACAUGAGUAACCCCUCUUUUUAUUAAACCAUUUUGAUUUUCUCACUUUCAAGAGAAUGAUUCUAUAUUCUAAAAUGUCAAAAAAUGUUCACAACAUUUCCCAUGCGGGACAGUGUGAAA